AUGUUCGACGUGCGAUCCAUGAUGGAGACUUUCGAUUCCAUGCCCAACGAGAUGAAAAGCUUCAUCAUGUACCAGUUUUUGCGUCGUUGUCCACGCAAGACCCUCCGAUUAGUCGCUGACGCUGUUACCCCUGCUCUCAAAUGCGACUUCCUCAAACAGCUUCCCCUCGAGCUCAGCUUCAACGUCCUGUCAUAUCUUGAUCACCAGGAUCUCUGCCGUGCGGCCCAAGUUUCCAAGAACUGGCGCAACAUUAUUGAUACCAACGAAACUGGAUGGAAGGAGUUGUUUGAUCGCGACGGCUUUACUCUGCCUAAGGGCGAGCUCGACAAGGCCAUAGUACAGGGCUGGGGCUGGCAGGAUCCGGUCGGCGCCAUGGGAGCCGAGGUUGACCUUAGCAGAAUCAAUCUGAUGAGCUCACAGGAGACCGAAGUCGCGAAGACUAUUGCGAAGCCCGACCCGACUGCAAAGCUCAGAAGCGCAAAGAGGAAGCGGGGUCUUAACAUUGGCGGCGCCGACCGGUCCAAGCGGAGGGCGAGCGCGCAAGAAACGGCCCGCGUCGAGGCUGCACAUGGUGUAGCCAGGCAGCACAAGUCGGCAGGUCCUCUUUCGGCUGCUAAUGCCGCUGCAGCGGCCGUGCCGAACCCCAAGAUGGGACUUCCCAGCCUCCAGAAGCUACAUCUCUACAAGUCCCUUUACCGCCGCCACCACAUGAUCCGUCAAAGCUGGACGAGCGGCAAAGUCAAGCCUGGCCAUGUCGCUUUCGCUGCUCAUCCACGUCAUGUCAUUACUUGUCUGCAGUUUGACGAAGACAAGAUUAUCACGGGCAGUGAUGACACGCUUAUUCAUGUCUACGACACGAAGACGGGCAAACUGCGCAAGAAGCUUGAGGGCCACGAAGGCGGCGUCUGGGCGCUUCAGUAUGAAGGCAAUGUCCUCGUGUCCGGUUCGACGGAUCGAUCGGUUCGCGUUUGGGAUAUUGAGAAGGGGUUCUGCACUCAAGUGUUUUAUGGCCACACGAGCACAGUGCGCUGUCUCCAGAUUCUGAUGCCCACCGAGAUUGGCAAGUCGCACGACGGAUCGUCCAUCAUGAUGCCACCGAAGCCGCUCAUCAUCACCGGAUCCCGCGACAGCCAGCUCCGCGUCUGGCGGCUGCCCGAGCCAGGCUCUCGUCGUUAUAUUCAGACGGGUCCCCCUGCCAACGACGCAGACUGUCCGUACUUUAUCCGCACACUUACCGGCCAUACGCACUCGGUUCGCGCCAUCUCAGCACACGGUGACACCCUCGUCAGCGGUAGCUACGACAGCACAGUCCGUGUCUGGCGAAUCAGCACGGGCGAGUCACUUCACGUACUUCACGGCCACUCGCAGAAAGUGUACAGUGUUGUGCUGGACCAUGAGCGCAACCGAUGCAUCUCGGGAUCAAUGGACUCGCUGGUCAAGAUCUGGGACCUCAACACGGGCGCUUGCCUGUACACACUCGAAGGACACAGCUUGCUUGUCGGCCUGUUGGAUCUCCGUGACCAGAGGCUCGUAUCAGCUGCAGCCGACAGCACCCUGCGCAUCUGGGACCCGGAGAACGGCAAAUGUCGGAACGUCUUGACGGCUCACACUGGCGCCAUUACCUGCUUCCAACAUGACGGCCGAAAGGUCAUCUCAGGCAGCGAGAAAACCGUCAAGAUGUGGGAUAUCCGGACUGGCGAGCACGUCCAGAACCUCCUGACGGACCUCAGUGGUGUCUGGCAGGUCAAGUUCGACGAGCGACGCUGCGUGGCAGCUGUUCAGAGAGGCAACUUGACGUAUAUUGAGAUUCUUGACUUUGGGGCUGUUCGAGACGGCCAGCCGCCCGAGGAGCUGGGCGAGCGCAAAUUGCUUAACGAGGCUGAGCACAGCACAUUGAUGGCCGCCGAAGACUUGUAG